AUGUCUUACUGCGAACGUUGUCGUGUCGAAUUUGUUUCGGACCAUGUGUUAUGGCAGCACGAAGCGAAGUCGCCAAAACACAACAUCUGCGAUGCGUGCAACGAAGACUUCAGUACAGCACGCGCUUUCAAUCAGCACUAUGCGGAGUGUCACGAGGAGCGUCAUUGCCAGUGGUGCCACAUGUAUUUCGACAAGUCUCUUGCACUGAUACAGCAUCACCGCACUCAACAUCGCUAUUGCAACAUAUGUGACUUGGCUUUCCGCGAUGGUGAAGCAAUCGAAGCUCACAACGUCUCUGCGGAGCAUACCCUGAUAUCUUGUCCGGGGCGCAAGUGUAACCGUCGCUUUGGCUCGGCAGCGGCCCUUAUCAGUCAUCUCGAGUCUGGUGCAUGCAGUUCUAAAAUGAACCGCAACAAGAUCAACCAGCUCGCCGUCGACCUGGAUAGGACCAACGUCAUCACAAACCCAUUGCGUCUCCUCCGCGCUCCAGAUGGGUACGCCGCACCUCCCCACCCUAUUAUCAACAUCGCUACCGAGCUGUCGUUUAAUGGGCAAGCCUACGAGUGCUUUUUGUGCCAUCACGAGUUCAAAAAGCUCGAGGGGCUCAAUCAACAUCUCUGGCCUCUGCCAACACGUGGAGAAGCAGAGAUGCGCAGUCCGUCGAUUCAACAGGCCUAUGCAGAAGGUCGUUGA